AAUACCUGACGAUCAAUUGAAAACCACUUUAUGACGAUACAGUACAACCACUUCCAUAUUUGGUUGUCUUUCUCAUUGUGAGCUUGGUAGGACCAGGGUAGUUCUGGUGUAAUUGCAUGUAGAGAGAUCUCAUUGUACAGCGUUGUUGUCUCAACAUAUUUUUAUUUUACAACAUUUUAUGUAAAAUAUAAAUAUGUUAUCAAGAAAAUUUUGUACCACAAUACCAGAGGCCCAUACUAACUGUCCUUAAUUUCUCUCCUACAGCAGUACUGCUUUGCCAGUCCUGUACUGCCCUCUGUUAAGAGUGCAGCAACUCGUCCUGUGUAGGUUUUGGGAAACGCACAGAACUGUACAUUUUGAGUUUGGUCAGGGUCCAACAUGUUUGACUGGGGCCAACGAGGGGCAACUUCAGCUACAACCACCACCCCAAGGCCCUUAUUCAUUUUUUACAGUUAUUUUGAAUUUAAAUGCCCCUACAUUGAUUUAAUUCAUUAAAAAGAGAAUCCAUUCUGUCUUUGCAGUAUUAGCCCACUAUUUGAUGAUGUAAGCUAAGUUAUAUCAGACGGUCAGGGGUUCACCAUAAUUACACUUUUUAAAAUGAUAUUCGGUCAUGAGCCAUCAUUUAAGACAUAAAGUUCAGACUUUGAAUAUUCAUUUACGUUAGACCUCAGACCUUUUGGUUUCCUAGUUUUAGGAUUCUGCCCAGAACAUACUUGCAUUAUAGUCCCAUGAGUCAUUGCAAACACAGGUGGUAUACUGUUGUGUGUGAGUUGAAACCUUUCCAAAGUGUUACUAAUGGUAAAGAGAAAUUUUCUAGGCUUCUUUUCUGCCGGUUGAAGUCUGACUGCAGAAGGACCCUUGGCAAUGAAAGUGGGGCAAAACGCCGGAUCCCAAGAUGCAGGUCAGAUCUUACGUGGACGUCAUGAGGGAGCAGAAUCUGUCCAAGGAAGAGAGAGAAAUCCGUCAGCAGUUGGCAGAGAAGGCCAAAUCGGGAGAAUUGAAAGCUGUGAAUGGGUCCGCCGCCUCCCAAGCCGCCGCAAAACGUAAGCGCCGAUGGGACCAGACAGCUGAUCAGACACCAUCCAAUGCAACUCCCAAAAAACUAUCGAGCUGGGACCAGGCUGAUGCCUCUGCUGAGACACCUGGCCACACUCCUGCCCACACCCCCUCAAACAGCAGGUGGGAUGAAACCCCCGGUCGGCCAAAGGGCAGCGAGACUCCCGGAGCCACCCCCAGCACACGCAUGUGGGACCCCACCCCCAGCCACACUCCAGCCGGUGCCGCCACCCCCGGCAGAGACACACCCGGCCACGCCACGCCAGGGCACGGAGGAGCCACAGGGAGCGUCCGCAAAAACCGCUGGGACGAAACUCCAAAAACAGAGAGGGAGACCCCUGGACACGGCAGUGGCUGGGCUGAGACUCCACGCACAGACAGAGGAGAGGACUCUGUGGGAGAGACUCCGACUCCAGGGGCCAGUAAGAGGAAGUCUCGCUGGGACGAAACUCCUGCCAGUCAGAUGGGCUCCUCCACACCUUUACUAACACCAGGAAAGACCCCGAUCGGGACCCCUGCCAUGAACAUGGCUACACCAACUCCAGGUCACCUGAUGAGCAUGACGCCUGAGCAGCUGCAGGCGUGGAGGUGGGAGAGGGAAAUCGAUGAGAGGAAUCGGCCUCUUACAGAUGAAGAGCUGGACGCCAUGUUUCCAGAGGGUUAUAAGGUGUUGCCUCCACCCGCAGGUUAUGUUCCCAUUCGAACCCCAGCACGAAAACUUGCUGCUACACCCACUCCCAUUGGGGGCAUGACCGGGUUUCACAUGCAGGUUGAAGACCGCACCACCAAACAAAUGAAUGACCAGCCGUCAGGAAAUCUGCCCUUCCUCAAACCUGAUGACAUCCAGUACUUUGACAAACUGCUGGUGGAGGUGGACGAGUCAACACUGAGUCCAGAAGAGCAGAAGGAGAGGAAGAUUAUGAAAUUACUUUUGAAAAUAAAAAAUGGAACCCCACCAAUGCGAAAGGCUGCCCUGCGUCAGAUCACAGACAAGGCACGUGAGUUUGGAGCAGGUCCUCUGUUCAAUCAGAUUCUUCCACUGCUCAUGUCCCCAACCCUUGAAGACCAAGAGCGCCAUCUCCUGGUUAAAGUCAUUGAUCGUAUCCUGUACAAACUCGAUGACUUGGUUCGACCAUACGUUCACAAGAUUCUGGUCGUGAUCGAGCCUUUACUGAUUGAUGAAGAUUAUUAUGCCAGAGUUGAAGGAAGAGAAAUCAUCUCAAAUUUGGCAAAGGCUGCUGGGUUGGCUACAAUGAUCUCCACUAUGCGUCCCGAUAUAGACAACAUGGAUGAGUACGUCAGAAACACAACAGCCAGAGCCUUUGCCGUGGUGGCCUCUGCGCUGGGCAUCCCAUCCCUGCUGCCCUUCCUCAAAGCUGUGUGUAAGAGUAAGAAGUCCUGGCAGGCCAGACACACUGGAAUCAAGAUCGUCCAGCAGAUCGCCAUCCUCAUGGGCUGUGCCAUUCUGCCCCAUCUCCGCAGUUUGGUGGAGAUUAUUGAACACGGUCUGGUUGAUGAGCAGCAGAAGGUCAGGACCAUCAGCGCUCUGGCUAUAGCUGCUCUGGCUGAAGCGGCUACACCGUACGGUAUCGAGUCGUUUGAUUCUGUCCUUAAGCCUCUGUGGAAGGGCAUCCGACAGCACAGAGGAAAGGGUCUGGCUGCUUUCCUCAAAGCCAUUGGUUACCUGAUCCCUUUGAUGGAUGCUGAGUACGCCAACUACUACACCAGGGAAGUGAUGUUGAUCCUCAUUAGAGAGUUUCAGUCUCCAGAUGAAGAGAUGAAAAAGAUUGUCCUGAAGGUGGUGAAGCAGUGUUGUGGCACUGAUGGUGUGGAGGCAAACUACAUUAAAACGGAGAUCCUGCCCCCCUUCUUCAAGCACUUCUGGCAACACAGAAUGGCCCUGGACAGGCGUAACUACAGACAGUUGGUCGACACGACUGUUGAACUGGCCAAUAAAGUGGGCGCCGCAGAAAUCAUCUCUCGAAUCGUGGACGACCUGAAGGACGAGGCGGAGCAGUACAGGAAGAUGGUCAUGGAGACGAUUGAAAAGAUCAUGGGGAACCUCGGCGCCACAGACAUCGACCACAAGCUGGAAGAACAGCUGAUCGACGGGAUCCUGUACGCCUUCCAGGAGCAGACGACAGAGGAUUCGGUGAUGUUGAACGGUUUUGGCACCGUGGUCAACGCUCUGGGGAAGAGGGUGAAGCCGUACCUGCCUCAGAUCUGCGGUACCGUGCUUUGGCGUCUCAACAACAAAUCCGCCAAAGUCCGACAGCAAGCGGCAGAUCUGAUUUCGCGCACAGCUGUCGUCAUGAAGACCUGUCAGGAGGAAAAGCUGAUGGGUCACUUGGGUGUGGUGUUGUACGAGUACCUGGGAGAAGAGUAUCCCGAAGUACUUGGCAGCAUCCUGGGAGCUUUGAAGGCCAUCGUUAAUGUUAUUGGGAUGCACAAGAUGACUCCUCCGAUCAAAGAUUUGCUUCCUCGUUUGACCCCCAUCCUCAAGAACAGACACGAAAAAGUACAGGAGAAUUGCAUUGACCUCGUUGGGAGGAUUGCGGACAGGGGUGCCGAGUACGUGUCUGCCAGAGAGUGGAUGAGGAUCUGUUUUGAGUUGCUGGAACUGCUAAAAGCUCACAAAAAAGCUAUUCGUCGAGCCACUGUGAACACAUUCGGUUACAUCGCUAAAGCUAUAGGACCCCAUGAUGUGUUGGCGACUUUGCUGAACAACUUAAAGGUCCAGGAGCGACAGAACCGAGUCUGCACCACUGUGGCUAUAGCGAUCGUGGCCGAAACCUGCUCGCCGUUCACCGUCCUGCCGGCGCUCAUGAACGAGUACCGCGUGCCCGAGCUCAACGUCCAGAACGGCGUGCUCAAGUCUCUGUCCUUCCUGUUUGAAUACAUCGGAGAAAUGGGCAAGGACUACAUCUAUGCGGUCACGCCCCUGCUGGAGGACGCACUCAUGGACAGAGAUCUGGUCCAUCGACAGACCGCCAGCGCUGUGGUUCAGCACAUGUCUCUUGGCGUCUACGGUUUCGGCUGUGAAGAUUCCCUCAACCACUUAUUGAACUACGUUUGGCCAAAUGUUUUCGAGACCUCCCCUCACGUGAUCCAGGCCGUGAUGGGGGCUCUGGAGGGGCUCAGGGUCGCCAUUGGCCCCUGCCGCAUGCUUCAGUACUGCUUACAGGGUCUGUUCCAUCCAGCCAGAAAAGUACGAGACGUUUACUGGAAGAUCUACAACUCCAUCUACAUUGGCUCACAAGACGCACUCAUCGCUCACUACCCACAGAUCUACAAUGAUGAAAAGAACAUGUAUGUGCGAUACGAGCUGGAUUAUGUCUUCUAAAUACCCUUUUCUUUGUUUUCACAUUCGCUUCUGUAUGGACCAGAACCAUUGUUACUUAAGAACAGUAAUUUUUAGAGUCUUUUCAAAGGCAUUAAAGCAUUUUGAACCCGUUUGGUGUAGCAUCAAAAUGUAGAAAAAGGCAAACGAACGUGAGGCUGUUUGUAGUUUAUUUUGUUCAGGUGAAGUUUGAUGAUGAGCAGUCGUAAAAAAUAUUUUAAAUAUUUGGAUAAUUUGUGAAGUUUUGCUCUUUUACACAUCCCCAUCGUCUCUGUUCAUUAUUGGGUCAUUGCUUUAUUUAACCAAAUAAACAUUUGUGUACAAAAGUCA